GGCGGAACUACGCAUGCGUCGUCGCCUCCUCCUCCUCAGUCAUAUAGUGAUGAACACAGUCUCUAUACAAUUUAAUUAUUUCGUGGGGAAAGACAGAUAAAAUGAAGUCUAACAAACACAAGUCAUCACACUCAACUGAAAGGGAAUUUGGAGGUGCUUUUGGUGCCACCUGCAUCCCUGUGUUCCUGCCUUUGACAGUUCUGUACCUGCUGAGUGUGUGUCGGUCCCCAGCAGCCAGUGUCCUGCAGUGGCCUCCUCCUCUACCCCCCACAGCCCAGUUAUGGGACCCUGUGGCAGCUGUUCUGAUUGCAGGAUGGAUCGCCUUGCAGAGUUUUCUCUACAUGCUGCCGGUGGGAAAGGUUUCUGAAGGAUUGGUCCUCAGAGAUGGAUCCAGACUGAAAUAUCCCAUUAAUGGUUUCCAUGCCUUAUGGAUAACUGCUAUCCUGCUGUCAGUGUGCCUUUGGCUUGGGAUGCCACUCGGGUAUCUGUUCGAGCUCAUGUUGCCGCUAGCCAUAUGUGCCAUUUCUGUGUCCUACCUGCUGUCUUUGUACCUGUAUAUCCGCUCCUUCUGGGCCUCUAAACAUGCCUUAUCUCUUGGAGGAAACACAGGAAAUCCCCUGUAUGACUUCUUCAUGGGGCGGGAGCUGAACCCCCGCAUAGGAAACUUUGACUUGAAAUAUUUCUGUGAACUCAGACCUGGAUUAAUUGGCUGGAUGGUAAUAAACCUGGGGAUGUUGAUGAAAGAGGUGGAGCUGGGUGGCUCUCCAUCUCUUGCUAUGCUUCUUGUGAACUUCUUCCAGCUGCUCUAUGUGACAGAUGCUCUGUGGAAUGAAGAAGCUGUUCUUACUACUAUGGAUAUUGUGCAUGAUGGAUUUGGGUUCAUGUUGGCGUUUGGUGAUCUGGCCUGGGUUCCUUUCACAUAUUGUCUUCAGGCCAUGUUUUUGGUUGUGCACCCUCAGUCACUUAGUAUCCUUGGAGCAGCGGGAAUUAUCCUUCUAAAUGGAAUUGGUUUUUACAUCUUCCGGAAGUCCAACUCUCAGAAAAACCAAUUCAGGAGAGACCCCACACAUAAAAGUGUAGCACACCUGGAAACUAUCGCCACAGCAACAGGGAAGCGUCUGUUGGUGUCAGGAUGGUGGGGGUUUGUCAGGCAUCCAAACUACCUGGGGGACCUUCUCAUGGCUCUGGCGUGGUCCCUGCCAUGUGGAAUGUCACAUAUUCUACCUUAUUUCUAUGUCAUAUAUUUCACCAUUCUUCUUAUCCACCGAGAGGCCAGGGAUGAGAAUCAUUGCAGAGCCAAGUAUGGACUGGCCUGGGACACCUACUGCAAACGAGUGCCCUACAGAAUAAUACCUUACAUUUACUAAUUCAGACUGAUGUGUUCUGAACAGUUUAAGAUCAACAGAUUGUUGGAUCACAACAAAGCUACAAACAGGACCACUAAAGUAUGUUGAAGCUGUCAUCCAUUUAGAUGCAGAAUUGGAGGCCACUUCUGGAAAUCCACUUUGGAUCGACAUACUGAGGAUCAAAAUAAAUACUCCAACACAACAUAAACCUCUGUCAACAAAUGGCAUCUAUUGAUUGCAAUUUGCAUAUGUUGUUUUUUGUUGCAUUCUAACCUUGCUAAAUAUUCAUUCAAUUGUUUAUGAAAAAAAAAAUUAGUAAAUAUAUUUUACAAUAUCAUGAGUCUUCGUAGUGUUUUCUGAACCUCUGAUUAGUCUGUAGCAUCAGGCAAUAUAAAACGAUUGUAAAAGCUAUAAAAUUACAGCCAGUAGUAAUACAACACCAAACAUGUGAUUUAAAUAUAUAUACUCCCAUGUCUCUGUUCCACUGGCAUACAUGUUUAGAGGCAUGUUUUGGGUUCAAUACCAGUUGAGCUCAAUCAGUAACUUUUUUUGGCAUAAUGUUGAUUACCACACAAAAAAAUGUUUUUAGACUCGUCCCUCCUUUUCUUUAAAAAAAGCAAAAAUCAAGUUUACAGUGAGGCACUUCCAAUGGAAGUAAAUGGGGCCAAUUUUUGGAGGGUUUAAAGACAGAAAUGUGAAGCUUAUCAUUUUAUGAAAGCACUUGUAUAAAUUAUUCUGUUAAAAAUCACGUAUUUGUUUUUGUAUGUGUACAUUUGAGCUGUAAAUUUGUUUAAAUCUGCAUUUUAUGGUUCACAGUGUUACACAAUCAUGGCAACGAAGUACCCAGAAAAUGUUAGUAAGUGAUGUAAUCACAUUAAAAUCAUGUUAACAUGCAUAUUGUUUGUCUUGUGGCGAUACUUUU